AUGUCUCGCUCUGACAAUCCUGACCAUUUCUUCCAAACCACAGCGGCCCUCGACGAGCAGCAGCGAAAGGACGCAAAGUCUCGCAACACAAAUGGCUCCCCUAUCAAGCUACAGAGUAAAAUACUGGCCGUCCAAGCCGACCCCGUGAAUCCCGACGCCGUGUUCGUGGCCCAGAGUGGUGGCACCGUGAGAAAGGUCAUACUUGAAACAGGUGACACGGCUGCCAUCUAUAAAGGACCCUCGGCCCCCAUCACGAGUCUCUGCUUCAGCCCCGACGGUCGGUCGUUGUUUGCUGGCUGCUGGGACAAAUUGAUUUGGAGCUGGGAUGUGGCCUCGAGGGAACCGAAGCUAAAGUACGAUGGCCAUACCGAUUUCGUAAGAUCCGUCGCCAGCGCCAGACUCAAUGGUCAGGACGUUCUCAUUUCCGGAGGUGCCGAUGCUCAAAUCUUGGUUUUCGACAUCGCCACGGGGAAGCGCAUUUCGGUCCUGAAAGGCCACGCCAAGGGAAUCCAGGACCUGGUGGUGGACCCCGUCUCGUUGGAGUCGGAUGGCCAGGAAUUCAUCGUGUUCAGUGCGGGCAGUGACCGCGAAAUCCGUCAAUUCGAUAUUGCCACCGGAAGUCGGGAUCUCACCGGCACCGAUGCUUUGCUGGCUCACGACACCAACGUUUACAAACUCUUCUUCGAUCGCGAUGGCGACCUAUGGACUGCGUCGGCGGAUAAAACCACCAAGUGUCUGGUGAGGGAAGAUGGGUGGAAGCCCAAUCUCACCCUGACUCACCCCGACUUUGUGCGAGACGUGGUGGUUUACGAACAGGGCGGGUGGAUCGUCACCGCAUGCAGGGACGAGGAGGUCCGAGUGUGGAAUCGAUCGACUGGAAAACUUCACCACACCUUUUCGGGCCAUUUCGAGGAAGUCAGCGGACUGGCGCUUGUCGGAUCGACAGUAGUCAGCGUCAGUAUCGAUGCCACUAUUCGACAGUGGUCUCUGAAACCCCAGGACCUUCAGGAAGCGGUGGAAAGGGCGAAGAAGACCACACCCGAGGAGGAUGAACAACCGCAGAAUUCAGGCUCGAUGCUGACGGAGGAAGAAGAGCGAGAACUGGCCGAGCUGAUGGGAGAGGACUGAUCUGUUUCAACGUCCCUAGCUAUAGUAAUAAAAUUUACAAUGACG